UAAAAAGUAUUUGAUCAGACUUUUCACUGAAUCAUUGAGGAAAAUGUUUCACAUGUUUGAUUUGUUCUGUUCUGUUGUGUUCUGUUGGUGCUGUCUGAUUGGUGUGUUUGGUGAUUCAGUGUCAGUGACGGAGGGAGAUUCUGUCACUUUAUACACUGAUGUUACGGAAAUACAUGAAGGUGAAGACAUACUGUGGAAUUAUGGAGCUGAAAACUCUCUCAUAGCUAAAAUUAGAAAAAAGAAGCUAAUUUUCACAACAUUUGAGGGUCCUGAUGGGAGAUUCAGAGACAGACUGAAGCUGGACAAUCAAACUGGAUCUCUGACCAUCACAAGCAUCACAACUGAACACGCUGGACUCUAUGAAGUAAAGAUAAGCGGAGCAAAAAUUACAUCAAAAACAUUCAGUGUUUCUGUCUUUGCUCGUCUACUUGUUCCUGUCAUCAGCAGAAACUCUUCACAAUGUUCAUCAUCAUCUUCAUCAUCACAGCAGAAUUGUUCAUUGUUGUGUUCAGUGGUGAAUGUGGGUCAUGUGACUCUCUCCUGGUACAAAGGACACAGUUUAUUGUCCAGCAUCAGUGUGUCUGAUCUCAGCAUCAGUCUCUCUCUACCUCUGGAGGUGGAAUAUCAGGAUAACAACACCUACAGCUGUGUGCUCAACAACCCCAUCAGCAACCAGACCACACAUCUGGACAUCAGUCAGCUCUGUCUCACAUGUGCAGCUCCUCCAGACGUAGUUUCUACACAUGAUAGUGUCUCAGUGUCUCUGAUAGUACUGAUUUCUGCUGCUGCUGGAUCUUUGUUGAUCGUAGUUGUAGUCGGGAUCUUCUGCAUCUGCAGGAAAUGUAGAAAAGUCCAGAAAUGGGAGGGGAACAGAACUGAUUCAGCACGGUGUAAACCAAAUACACAAAAAUGGUAA